GACCUUACUAAUUCCCCCUAAACCUUUUGAUUGAUUUUUCUAGAUAUUGUUUCUUCUUCCCCAAACACGAUCAUCUCGCUGAAGGGAAGAAUUUGAAAUCUUCAUCGAGAAGAAUAUAUAUAUAUAUAUAUAAUAAACCAAAUCCAAAUCCAAAUCCAAAACCAAUUCCUUUUCCCAAUCGGAAAAUCUAAUUCCCCUCUUUGGAAAAUCCAAUUUUCGCAGACAAACCUCGAUCGAUCAUCAUUCCCACAUCUCCCAAUUCUGACUCUGUAUCGCCUAAUCAUCUCCGUCUAGGGCUUUUUUCAUUUCACAUUAGAUUGGUCACUUAGACUCGAAGUUUUGAGGAGCCUCAUCACUUGGUUUCUAGUGUUUGAAGACAUAGAAAAUGGAAUCAUGAAGGCGCAUCUGAAUGAUCCUCUGAAGACUCCCUUGAAUUGGAGAACAAGGCUACAAAUAGUCAUUGGCGUGGCAGCUGCACUAGUUUUUAGUUCUGGAGGGUUUCAAUUGUGCCAUUUUUGCCUAUGGAAACUUGGCACAAGAAAAACUUACACCAUGGAAGGAGAAUGUAAGAGCUCAAAGGCUGGACCUAAUGGAGACUUGCUAACUAUCAGACGAGUUAUUAAUGGUCUCGUGGAGCAUCUUGUGCAUGUCCCAUACAGGGAUAACAAGCUCACCUGUCUGCUUUGCGAUUCGUUGGGUGCAAAAAUCAAGACAUGCAUUAUUACCACAGUAUCACCUGCAGUCCAUUGCCUGGAGGAGACCUUGAGUACACUAGACUAUGCACAUAGGGCAAAACAUAUUAGAAAUAAGCCUGAGGUAAUGGCAGAUCAGACUGAACAAAUGGCAGUUAUAAUAGAAAUCCACCAGAAGGUCCGUUUAAUUUAACCAACUGUAAAAACAAUAGAAUUUGCUAUGACCAACAACUUGAGGAAUUACAAGAUAAAUUCGAUAAUCAGGUUAAAAAAUGCUCUAACAUAGACAACAAACUUGAUGCCACCCAGGUAAGUUCUAUCCAUAUGUGGUUAUAUAUGGUUUUAGGA